CUUCCGCAUUCCGGAGCUGGCCCACUACUUAAGCGGGCUGAUGCAACGACUCGUGCUAGUCCCCGCAGCCGCCGCCGAGUCCUAAAAAAAAAAAAUUACAAAUCGGACAAAACAAAGCUGCCCGAAUCUCACGUUUCGCUCGUGCUGUCCGGAUUGUUUAUUUUUGGCUCCAAUUUGUUUGUUUGGGCGCACAACAGUGUGCGAACACAGUUGCACCAUUGACAGAAGAAGUGCUCUCUGACGGCGGCGGCGGCGGCCGGGUCGGACAUGAUGCCGGGACAGAUACCGGACCCUUCGCUGGCGGCGGGCUCCCUGCCCUGCCUGGGCCCGCUGGCGGGCAUCUCGGCCACCACGCUCACCGACCAGCUGAAACUGGCCGACUUCCACCAGCUGGGGGCCAUGUUCUCGCCGUUGCAUUUCCUGGGGAGGCUGGGAAAGCGGCCGCUGGCCAUCAAGACGGAGAUGGACGAAGACGAAGAGAGGAGGAAACGAAGGCGAGAGAAAAACAAAGUAGCGGCGGCGCGAUGCCGAAACAAGAAGAAGGAACGAACGGACUUCCUGCAGCGGGAAUCGGAGCGUCUGGAGAUGGUCAACUCGGAUCUGAAGGCUCAGAUCGAGGAGCUCCGCCUGGAGAGGCAGCAGCUCAUGGUGAUGCUCAACCUCCACCGGCCCACCUGCAUCGUGAGGACCGACAGCGUCAAAACCCCCGAGAGCGAGGCCGACCCCCUGCUGGAGCAGCUGUCCGCCGACGCCAAGUGAAGGCGGGGAAGGACUCCAGAGUCCCCCUGGCACGCAUCCUGAGUGCCAAUUUCCCGUUUCUAAGUAAGCACUUGAGCUCCAAGCCGGCCGGACACUUCCGGAGACCCUGCCCACAGACCCGCGGUCAUCUGCGAGUCCUGCUAACGCGAGCUGGCUCUGUCCACGGCAAGACUGGAAAGACCCCAAGUAUCAUCCCCGGUUUCUUCACCAUAUUGUUGUUGUUGACACCCGCUGUGCCUCGUCGCCAAUUACCAGCUCGACGUAUGAAACAAACAAAAAAGGGACCAGUGGAAUCAGUUGGGGGGGGGAAGAGAAAGACUGCAAACAUUGUUGAGGAAUCUCUCCGAUCUCAACACGGUGCUGUCUCGUUGCGUGCAAUCGCGUCGGUUUGCUUCGUACGCCGGCCGAGUGCACGCGUGUGGACUUUUAGCGUACGAUACACCACACUUUUUUUGUAAUGACCCUCAUACGCCGCCCGCCAAACAACGGGAGAUUAGCGGUUGAUCCGACUCGUGGUGACGCUGGCGUCAUGAAAAAAUAGCACAUAACGCAAAUGUUUACACCCAUGUUUGUCCAUUUAUUAUUGUACUUGUUUUAUACCGCUUUGUACACAUUAACGCGUAUGAAUUGAAAAUGCCCGUCGAUCACUUGAUGUGAUUUAUAUUAAAACUACAGUGUGUCUUUUAUCAUGUUGCGCUGUCAAACAGCUGUGAAAACAAAAAGUUAUGUUUCCCCCUUUUUUGAGCUGAGCAGUAUUUCAAUGUCUGGACAUGUAUCUGCCAUGUAUGACUCUGUUAGCCCGAGUAGAUUAAAGUCUAUUUUCUAAUGA